CGCCGCGGCAUCGUGCCCGGGAGCGCGCCUUUAAUGCAAGUCAGUCAGGACGAUGCGGUUGUCUCUGCGCAUCCUCUCCGGGCUCUCCCUCUGCAGACCGGGCAGCACCCCCCGAGUCUCACCCCGCCGUUAAGAAAACACAAACACGCACACACACACACAGAUCAAGUCCGACCUUCCCCGCAGAGAGUGUCGCUGUCACCGCUGCACACGGAGGCCUGUAUACCGACUGUCUUGAGCUUCGCACCGGGACGCAGCGCUGCGGUUGUUUGGCCAUGGCGCAGCCGAGGAAAGCCGGACAUCUUCGGCUUGGAUGAAGGACGCGUUGCGCAGCAGCUAAACCGGGAGGUUCUUGUACUUUCCCGCGGUGAGGAAACGCUUUUUUGUUGCCAAUAAUGAUCUAAGUCUCCGUUAAAGUGAAAUUUAAACUCUGUCUUGGCCCGGGACGCAGGGAGAAUCAUCAAGGCCCCACUGGAAGGUCCCUGAACCUCACUUUGGACACCACCCUGCCCAAAAACAGACUCCAUUUCCAGCCUUUGUUUAUUUGUUUGUACCCGCAUUAUUUGUUGUGGGCGGUGUAAACAGUGCCAGCAGCAUCAGCAUCAGCAUCAGCAGCAGAGAUGAUGGAUGCGUCGGAGUGCGGGGUGAGGGUGAUGUGUCGCUUCAGGCCCCUGAACGAGGCCGAAAUCACCCGAGGAGACAAAUACAUCCCCAAAUUCAAAGAGGACGACACCGUGGUCAUAACGAGUAAACCGUACGUGUUUGACCGCGUGCUGCCUCCCAACACGUCGCAGGAACAAGUGUACGACCAGUGUGCCAAACAGAUCGUUAAAGAUGUGCUGGGCGGUUACAAUGGGACCAUCUUCGCCUACGGACAGACGUCCUCUGGGAAGACACACACCAUGGAGGGCAAGCUGCACGACCCCCAGCUGAUGGGGAUCAUCCCUCGCAUCUCCCACGACAUCUUUGACCACAUCUACUCCAUGGACGAGAACCUCGAGUUUCACAUCAAGGUUUCUUAUUUUGAAAUCUACUUAGACAAGAUCAGAGACCUGCUGGAUGUGUCAAAGACGAACCUCGCUGUGCAUGAAGACAAAAACAGAGUGCCCUACGUCAAGGGUUGCACUGAGCGUUUUGUGUCCAGUCCGGAGGAGGUGAUGGAUGUCAUCGAUGAGGGCAAAGCCAAUCGACAUGUGGCAGUGACUAACAUGAAUGAGCACAGCUCUCGCAGCCACAGCAUCUUCCUCAUCAACAUCAAGCAGGAAAACAUCGAGACGGAGAAGAAACUGUCGGGGAAGCUCUACCUGGUCGACCUGGCGGGAAGCGAGAAGGUCAGUAAGACGGGAGCAGAGGGAGCCGUGCUGGACGAGGCGAAGAACAUCAACAAGUCUCUGUCGGCGCUGGGAAACGUCAUCUCAGCUCUAGCCGAGGGAACAAAAACUCACGUCCCGUACAGAGACAGUAAGAUGACUCGGAUCCUGCAGGACUCCCUGGGUGGAAACUGUCGCACCACCAUCAUCAUCUGCUGCUCGCCGUCCAUCUACAACGAGGCCGAGACCAAGUCCACGCUCAUGUUCGGACAGAGAGCCAAGACCAUUAAGAACACGGUGUCGGUGAACCUCGAGCUGACGGCCGAGGAGUGGAAGAAGAAAUACGAGAAGGAGAAAGAGAAGAACAAGAGCCUGAAAAACAUCAUCCAGAGGCUGGAGGCUGAACUCAACCGCUGGAGGAACGGCGAGAACGUCCCCGAGGAGGAGCAGCUGAGCGCUAAAGAUCAGAAGAACGUUGAGCCAUGCGACAACACUCCCAUCAUCGACAACCUGCUCCCGGCCGCAGGAGGCGUCCCGGUCACGAGAGACGAGCAGAGCAAAUACGAGGAGGACAUCACCAACCUCUACAAACAGCUGGAUGACAAGGAUGAUGAGAUCAACCAGCACAGUCAGCUGGCUGAAAAACUCAAGGAGCAGAUGCUGGACCAGGAAGAGCUGCUGGCGUCGACCCGCCGCGACCACGAGAAGAUCCAGGAGGAGCUGUGCCGGCUGCAGACGGAGAACGAGCUGGCCAAAGAGGAGGUGAAGGAGGUGCUGCAGGCCCUGGAGGAGCUGGCCGUCAACUACGACCAGAAGAGCCAAGAGGUGGAGGAGAGAGAUCAGGCCAACCUGCAGCUGGCCGAGGAGCUGCAGCACAAGACGGCGUUGCUGUCGGCGGUGCAGCGGGAGCUCAAUCAAAUGCAAGAGCUGAACGGCCUGCAGAGGAAGAGAGCCGCCGAGGUCCUCAACCUGCUGCUGCGAGACCUCAGCGACAUUGGGGCCAUCAUCGGCACCAGCGACGUCAAGACCGCCGCGUCCUCAGAGAUGAAGGGGAACGGCUCGGCGGUGGAGGAGGAGUUCACCGUGGCUCGCCUCUACAUCAGCAAGAUGAAGUCCGAGGUCAAAUCUCUGGUGAACCGCAGCAAGCAGCUGGAGAGCGCUCAGGGCGACGCCCACCGCAAGAUCCAGGCCAACGAGAAGGAGCUGGCAUCCUGUCAGCUGCUCAUAUCCCAGCACCAGGCCAAGAUCAAGUCUCUGACUGACUACAUGCAGAACAUGGAGCAGAAGAAGAGGCAGCUGGAGGAGAGUCAGGACUCUCUGAUUGAGGAGCUCGCCAAACUACACGAGAAAAGACACGAGGUGUCGAGGGAGGAGAAGGAGAAGGAGGACAUCAGCAGACUGGAUGGAGACGACGACAUCAAGAAAACGCUGGAGGAGCAGCUGGAGAACCACAGGGAGGCUCAUCAGAAGCAGCUGAGCCGUCUCCGAGACGAGAUCGAAGACAAGCAGAGGAUGCUGGAUGAACUCACAGAUCUUAACCAGGGUCUGUUAUUGGAGCAGGAGAGACUCAUGUCGGACUACGACAAAUUAAAGGCUGAAGAGCAGGAAAAGGAUGCCAAGCUACAGAAACUCAUACUUUUGAACGAACAGAGUGAGCAGGCCAGAGAGGACCUGAAGGGCCUGGAGGAGACUGUGGCCAAAGAGCUCCAGACUCUUCACAACCUGCGUAAACUCUUUGUUCAGGACCUCACCACGCGGGUCAAAAAGAGUGCAGAGCUGGACUGUGAGGAGGGACUUGGAAACGUGGCCCAAAAACAGAAAAUCUCAUUCCUGGAGAACAACUUGGAACAGCUCACCAAAGUCCACAAGCAGCUGGUUCGAGACAACGCAGACCUUCGCUGCGAGCUGCCCAAGCUGGAAAAGCGUCUGCGUGCCACUGCCGAGCGGGUCAAAGCCCUGGAGAACGCCCUGAAGGAGGCCAAGGAGAACGCCAUGAGGGACCGCAAGCGCUACCAGCAGGAGGUGGACCGCAUUAAAGAGGCCGUCCGGGCCAAGAACAUUGCCAGGAGGGGGUACUCUGCACAGAUCGCAAAACCCAUCAGGCCAGGCCAUCAUCCACUGUCGUCCCCCAUCAGCAGCUCCAUCAGGGCCGGAGGCGUCUACACCCACAACUAAAAUCACAACUGCAAGUUAACCCUACAGACCAUGAACAUCUCGACGCAUGCCCAUCGCCGCCACCUGGAACCACAAGCCCCGCCCCUCGUGUUGGAGCACCAAUGGGAGGCCAUCACGACAGACUGUCACUGCUCAGAGAAGCAACAUCCAAACAUCCAUAGUGUAUAUACUGAUAUGAGAUGUAAACAUUUAAUUUGCUGAAUGUAGAUAUCAGAGGCCUCACUUAGAAAAUGUUUUGCUUUACGUCCUAAAUUAUUAUUCGUUUCCGGGGGGGGGAACAACCAAUCAAAUCCAGUUUUCUGUGAUUCUUCUGAUUAUAAAUUUGAAUUCAGAGUUAGCAAAAAAAUAAAUGGAGCUUAACAUUUAUAAAUGAGGCCCUGAGUUUCUUUCUGAUGGAUUAUGACACGAAUCAAGUUUUGUUUCAGAUUUUGGAUUGCGACUAUACAAGUAGGUUUGUACGGAAGAGCUGUAGUUUUAUAAUUUAAUCUCAAACCAGCAUUCAUUCAUGUAAACGAAUAGUUUGACAUUAUUUGCCCUCUUGCCAAGAGUUAGACAAGAAGAUUGAUACUACUCUCAGUGUGAAGCAACAGAAAGCAGCUGAUGAGCUUAGCUUAGCAUAAAGACCAAAAAACAGGUGGAAACAGUUCGCCUAAGGUAACAAUAUUACUCUGGAGUCUUGUCGUUGACGCCACAAGGUUGACUCCAGAUAGAUUUUUCUACUCUUGAUGA